AGCCUCGCCGCUGACUGCGCGCCUGUCGCAGAUAAUAGACGCAAUUCCGGCCCGGCCGCUGUGGCUGAGGCCUAUGUACAAAUGGCUCUCCGAGGCGCUGCGCUCUUGGCUGCUCCCUUCUCCCUCUUGUCGCAGCGAUGCGGAGCCCUCCCUCCCUCGGCCGCGGAAGAGGCUGUAUCGCAGUACUCUGUUGUAUGUUGAAGACCCUGGUCAGGAGCAAGCCAAAAGGCAGAAACUUGGUAUUUUUGGUACAUUGACUCAGGGGAUUGCCUGUCUAAUUAAACUACCGUCCCAGUUGUCAGCUAAAUAUCUUCAGACUGGAGAUCAGCAUGCAGAAGCUACAGAUGAGGUUAUUUCAAAUGCCUCUGGUGCCUCAACUGGCAAGAAGAUGGAAUUUACCUCUGGGAUACAGAAGCUUGAAUUGGAUAAGAAAGCCAGUUGCAGUACCAGAAUGCAUCCAAAUGAAGAGAUGGUAUCUGACUUUCGCAGAGUUACGACCUGUCUGAGGCAUGACUGUAGUGUCCGAAAGAGUAGCAAGAAAAGCCAUAAUUCACUUCCAGAGGGCUUGCUACCAUGGAGGCUUGCUACUCACAGGCAUGUGCUAGAAGCGUCCAGUCUAGAUACUGGAAGGUAUCUAAGGAAACCUCACUGUACAGUGGAAGAGGGAGUACAGAGAGAGGAACGAGAGAAAUACAAACAGCUGCUGGAGCAAGAAAAAGAAAAGUGUCCUAAAAAUCACUCCACUCCCACAAUAGCAAAGCACUUGGAUGUCCAAAUUGAUGUCCAUGAAUCACCAAAAACUCGUCACUGUGUGGAAAUCGAUGUCCCUUCAUUUGAGACACCAAGAAAUGGUGUCAGAAACUUUGGUCCCCUGUCCUCUAGAAGAGAUGUAAACAGCUCAAUGGCCGUAGCAGAAAUAUCUUCAGAACCUAAAAAGUUAGUAGUGCAGAAAAAAGAGAAUGUAAAGCAGUGCUUGGAAAAUGAUCUAUUGGAAGAAGUGUCACUUAAAUUAAGCCUGGGUCAGAAAGAAUCUUCAUGUGGAAGGCACUCCCUGCUUGAGACAGAAGAACAGAAAUACCUGAGCUUGGACAAAGCUACAGAGAGCCUUAAUGAUCUUACAGAGGAUAUGAAGAGAGAGAUAGCAAAUGUGCUGGACUAUGGCCAAGAGGACGAAAUCUUGACUAGUGCCUUCAAACUGAACAUCACGCGUGGAGACAUUCAGACUCUAAGAAACCAGCAGUGGCUUAAUGAUGUGGUCAUUAACUUCUAUAUGAAUCUUCUGGUGGAGAGAAAUAAACAACUGGGAUUUCCAGCUCUUUAUGCUUUUAAUACUUUCUUCUACCCCAAGCUAAGUACUGAAGGCUAUAAUGCAGUCAGAAGAUGGACCAAAGAAGUGGACUUGUUUCAGCAUGAUAUGAUCUUAGUGCCCAUUCAUAUCAGAGUGCAUUGGGCAUUAGUGGUUAUAGACAUGAGGAGAGAGACCAUAAAAUAUUUUGACUCAAUGGGACAAAAUGGUCAUAUGAUAUGUAACAGUUUGCUGCAAUUUCUGCAAGAGGAAAGCAAAGCCAAGAGAAAUCUGGACGUAAAUGCUUCAUCAUGGACACUUUACAGUGUGAAACCACAUGAAAUUCCACAACAGUUGAAUGUCAGUGACUGUGGAAUGUUUGCUUGUAAAUAUGCAGACUUCAUCUCGAGGGAUAAACCCAUUGCAUUUACACAGUAUCACAUGCCUUACUACCGCAAAAGGAUGGUAUGGGAGAUACUUCAUCAGCAGCUGCUAUGACACUAUCUCUGCCACACGCAGUAUUAUCUGAUGACAGAAGUUGUGUUAGGCAAAAAUUCAAAGUAUCUUUUUGGCUGAUCUCCAUUUCAGAGAUGGGAGGUAUGCAGAGGCAUAGUUCAAAACCAACUACUUAACUCACUCCAAAGGGCUAAAACAUGGAUUAAGAAAGAAAUUCACCAGAGUCAUCUUAAUGGUACCAGAUUAGUGAAAGACUGUUAAAAAAAGCGGCCUGACAUUCAGUAUUGGGAAACAAUGAGCAACCUCAGCGACAAGAAGAUGCAAAACGUAUUGUCAUGUUCACAAUAGCCCUUCAUUACCUAUAGUUUCAAGGCAUUGACUCCAAUCAGGAAACAUGCUGUGGGCUCAUAUGUCAGUUUCCAUUUCCUUUCCUGGGUUAGUCUAAUUAUAGGCAAACUAUGGUUAAGAGAGGAGGGAGUGUGUGAACCUGUGGCAUCUUCCUGAUCCUCCAAACCAAGGCAUUUAGGAAACGCUUGUUUUUUCUAAAACUGGAUUUGCAGUGAUUUUUGGAAGAUUGAAAUUUUCUUUUGAUUUGUAACAAAUCCAUAGUAAAGGCCCUAAAUGGGGACUUGUCUUUAUUUAAAAGGAUGUAGUUUUGUAUGAGACUUAUUUAUUUUAUAUUCCUGUAUUUAAAUGGAAAUGUGUUAGAAUUCUGAAAUAUUUGAUGAACUAAAAAUGGAAAUAAAUAUUUAUGUUGCAAAUCUA